AGGGAAGACGUAAUGGUUUGAUUCCCCGUGCACUUUGCGAUGGUCGUCGUCCCGACAUUACUCGGCAGAUUCCUCAAACGGGAGGCGCAAUGAAGGCGGGGGCGUCGUCCAUGUGGGCGUCAUGCUGCGGGCUGCUGAACGAGGUGAUGGGCACGGGCACGGUGCGGGCGCAGCAGCCGGGCUUCGGGGCGGGGGCGGGGCCCUUCCGCUUCGCCCCCAGCGCCGGGUACUCCACCUACCCCCCCACCAGCUCAGGGAGCGCCGGGCAGCUGUGCAAGGCCUGCGGACUGGCCUUCUCCGUCUUCAGACGCAAGCACAUCUGCUGCGACUGUAAGAAGAGCUUCUGCGCUCUCUGCUCGGUGCUGCAAGAAAACCUGCGCUGCUGCACGACCUGCCACCUGCUGCGGGGCACGGCCUUCCAGCGGCCGCUGCUCAUGCAGCUCCGGGUGAAGGACCUGCGCCAGUACCUGCUGCUGCGCAACAUCCCCACCGACACCUGCAGGGAGAAGGAGGACCUGGUGGACCUGGUGCUCUGCCACCAGGGCGCGAGGGAGACCCCGAGACCGGUGAUGGAGGAAGACGAGGAGGAGGAGGAGGAGGAGGAAGAGGAGGAGGAGGAGGAGGACGCACAUGUGGAGGAGGAGGAGGAAGAGGAGGAAGAGGAGGAGGAGGAUGAAGGGGGAGACGACACGGACAGUCUCCACUCGCUCCCUCACUCGCACGCCGCCUCGCCGCGCUGCGCGACGCGCUCCACCUCCGAACAGUCGGUUCUCUCCGCCUCUCAGGGAGACGUGCUCAGCCCAAGUGACAGCUCAGGGACCACCAGCCAGGAGCAUGAGGACACGCCGACAGCAUCCCUCUUGAACCUGGACCCCACUGAGAAUCUCAUGGAGGUCAGUCCGGCGACGCAGAGGAGGAUCAGGGCGUCGCUGUCGGACCUCGACAACGAGGAGGCGAUAGAAAACCUCUCCGUCCGCCAGCUGAAAGAGAUCCUCGCCAGAAACUUCGUCAAUUACUCCGGCUGCUGCGAAAAGUGGGAGCUGCUGGAGCGGGUGCAUCGGCUGUACAGAGAGAACGAGCAGAACAGGAAAUCUAUGGAAAACGUCAGCAUAACUGCAGAUGGCGUCAAAGCUCAGCUGGCGGCCGACGAGAACCUGUGCCGCAUCUGCAUGGACGCCAUCAUUGACUGCGUGCUGCUGGAGUGUGGUCACAUGGUCACCUGCACCAAAUGUGGCAAGAGGAUGAGCGAAUGCCCCAUCUGCAGGCAGUUCGUCGUGCGGGCCGUGCAUGUCUUCAAGUCUUAAAACAAAAAAAACCCGAAAAAACUCUACGUGUGUGUGUGUGUGUGUGUGUGUGAGAGAGAGAGAGAGAGUGCGUCAGAGCGGCCCUCGGGCGUGCACGUGUCCCGAGCACUGAGUUUUAUCACUGAGGAUGAACGGCCGUGCACGGCGUCUCGCAGGGCCGGACGCGCGCUGCAGAGCGGGCGCGAGCCACUUCCCGGUCUUCAAGAAUCAAGACUGUUGCCUCUGGCCUACCGCGGUUUUACCCUCCCUCCCCCCCCCCCGACAGCCCCGACACCCCCCACACAGCGGAACAACCUGCCAUCGCUUCCUGCUCUCCAUCCUCCGUUCAGAUCCCGGUCACAGUGGAGGACAGGAGGGGGUCCUGUGGAUACUUGAAGUAACGCGUUCAGAGUGGCAGAUGGAGAGAAAAGAAAAAAAAAUAUAAGAUCCCAGGGUUCGAGUCAAUAUGGUUUACACAGUCAUGCCGCAUGACGCAGCGAUAUCUCCCCUCAGUGUCGUUUAGGAUGUGCAAUACUAAGAAAACAAGA